GGAACUUUCAGUUUCCCAGUGCACCAUCCCAGAGCAGCUCUCCCCAGCUAAGCAUUGACAGGGAUUGUAACUGAGUGGAGGGUUUGAGAAAGUUGCUAUAGAAGAUGUGUGAAGAAGAGGAUAGCACCGCACUGGUUUGUGACAAUGGCUCAGGACUUUGUAAGGCGGGCUUUGCUGGGGAUGACGCUCCAAGAGCUGUUUUUCCUUCCAUUGUGGGACGCCCCAGGCACCAGGGUGUGAUGGUAGGAAUGGGACAGAAAGACAGCUAUGUAGGCGACGAGGCUCAAAGCAAAAGAGGGAUCCUGACACUGAAAUAUCCCAUAGAGCAUGGAAUCAUCACCAACUGGGACGACAUGGAGAAGAUUUGGCAUCACUCUUUUUACAACGAGCUGCGAGUUGCCCCUGAAGAGCAUCCAACUCUGCUUACAGAAGCCCCAUUGAACCCCAAAGCUAACCGAGAGAAAAUGACACAAAUUAUGUUUGAGACUUUCAAUGUACCAGCUAUGUAUGUUGCUAUUCAGGCUGUCCUGUCCCUCUAUGCUUCUGGCCGUACAACAGGGAUUGUCCUUGACUCUGGAGAUGGUGUCACUCAUAAUGUGCCAAUCUAUGAAGGCUAUGCACUGCCUCAUGCCAUCAUGCGCCUGGACUUGGCUGGCCGUGAUCUGACUGACUACCUCAUGAAAAUUCUGACAGAACGUGGCUACUCAUUUGUUACUACUGCUGAGCGAGAAAUUGUCCGUGAUAUCAAAGAGAAGCUCUGCUAUGUUGCUCUGGACUUUGAAAAUGAGAUGGCUACAGCUGCUUCUUCAUCCUCCCUUGAAAAAAGCUAUGAGCUACCUGAUGGUCAGGUGAUCACAAUAGGGAAUGAGCGUUUCCGAUGCCCAGAGACUCUCUUCCAACCCUCUUUCAUUGGCAUGGAAUCUGCUGGCAUUCAUGAAACCACUUAUAACAGCAUCAUGAAGUGCGACAUUGAUAUCAGAAAGGACCUUUAUGCAAACAACGUCCUCUCUGGUGGCACCACUAUGUAUCCUGGCAUUGCAGAUCGAAUGCAGAAGGAGAUCACUGCCCUUGCACCCAGCACUAUGAAAAUCAAGAUUAUAGCUCCUCCUGAACGCAAGUAUUCUGUUUGGAUUGGAGGUUCGAUCCUUGCUUCCCUUUCCACCUUCCAGCAGAUGUGGAUCAGCAAACAGGAAUACGAUGAAGCUGGGCCAUCUAUCGUUCACCGCAAAUGUUUCUAAAGUUGCAUCCUCUCCUUCCUCUCUCUCUCUUUCUAUUUGUGAGCACAUUACUGUGAAUGUAUUCAGGAAUAAUAACAUUCUUAUAUAUCUUCAUUCCAAAUACCUUCAUGACAAUGUCUCUUUCCAUUUAGAGUCAUGUGUCAUUUUGGGGGCAGAGGGAAAAAAACUUAAAAUAUUAUCAGCGAGUAAUUUUUAUUUUUCACAAAUAAAAAUUCCAUCUGCCUUCUC